GAUUAGGGUGAUGAAAGUAGUAGGUUUAACGCCAUUUCUCUCCCAGAGGAUGUAAAUUUUGUAUGCUCCUCCUCACAUGCUUUCCCCCGGCCAUCAUUACUUGAGUCCUGCCUCUGCUCCCAGCCCGGCCGCUGACUCCAGCGCUCUUAGGAUAAUGGCGACAGCUGAGGUGCUGAAUAUUGGUAAAAAACUCUAUGAGGGUAAAACAAAAGAAGUCUAUGAAUUGCUAGACAGUCCAGGAAAAGUCCUCCUGCAGUCCAAGGACCAGAUAACAGCAGGAAAUGCCGCCAGAAAAAAUCACCUGGAAGGAAAAGCUGCAAUCUCAAAUAAAACUACCAGUUGUAUUUUUCAGUUGUUACAGGAAGCAGGUAUCAAAACUGCUUUCACCAGAAAAUGUGGGGAGACAGCUUUCAUUGCACCUAAGUGUGAAAUGAUUCCAAUUGAAUGGGUUUGCAGAAGAAUAGCAACUGGUUCUUUCCUCAAAAGAAAUCCUGGUGUCAAGGAAGGAUAUAAGUUUUACCCACCUAAAGUGGAAAUGUUUUUCAAGGAUGAUGCCAAUAACGAUCCACAGUGGUCUGAAGAACAGCUAAUUGCUGCUAAAUUUUGCUUUGCUGGACUUGUUAUAGGCCAAACUGAAGUGGAUAUCAUGAGUCAUGCUACACAGGCUAUUUUUGAAAUACUGGAGAAAUCUUGGUUGCCCCAGAACUGUACACUGGUUGAUAUGAAGAUUGAAUUUGGUGUUGAUGUAACCACCAAAGAAAUUGUUCUUGCUGAUGUUAUUGAUAAUGAUUCCUGGAGACUCUGGCCAUCGGGAGAUCGGAGCCAACAGAAAGACAAACAGUCAUAUCGCGACCUCAAAGAAGUAACUCCCGAAGGGCUCCAGAUGGUAAAGAAAAAUUUUGAGUGGGUUGCAGAAAGAGUAGAGUUGCUUCUGAAAUCAGAAAGUCAGUGCAGAGUUGUAGUAUUAAUGGGCUCAACUUCUGAUCUGAGUCACUGUGAAAAAAUUAAGAAGGCUUGUGGAAAUUUUGGCAUUCCAUGUGAACUUCGGGUAACAUCUGCCCAUAAAGGACCAGAUGAAACACUGAGAAUUAAAGCAGAGUAUGAAGGGGAUGGCAUUCCUACUGUAUUUGUGGCAGUGGCAGGCAGAAGCAAUGGUUUAGGACCAGUGAUGUCUGGUAACACUGUAUACCCAGUGAUCAGCUGUCCUCCACUAACUCCAGACUGGGGAGCUCAGGAUGUGUGGUCUUCUCUUCGACUACCCAGUGGUCUUGGCUCUUCAACCAUACUUUCACCAGAAGGAUCAGCUCAGUUUGCUGCUCAGAUAUUUGGAUUAAACAACCAUUUGGUAUGGGCCAAACUGCGAGCAAGUAUAUUGAAUACAUGGAUUUCCUUGAAGCAGGCUGACAAGAAAAUCCGAGAGGGCAACUUAUGAGAACAUCAUGUUUUUUAGGGGUUUUUUAUUGUUGUAUUUUGGAGAAAAACUAGAUUUCUUCAGGGAAAAAAAAUCAAGCAAGAUGAAAAGUUUUUAAAUCAAUCAGAAAACAGAAUUUACUAGUGAAUAAAUGCUUUCCUGUAUUCAUGGGUUAGUAUGCUAUAUGGACAUAAUUAUUAAUAUUUCUUUAAAGGAAGUGAAAUUACUGUAAGAAUACUUUUAAAAUCUCUUUAGCUAUUUAUGGUCGUUGUUAGGUAGAUAACAUAAUCAAAUGUAUUUCUUACAUGCUAGUAAUAUCCUGUUGUCAAGCUCUAAAAUUACUACUUGACCUGUAUCUCAGUCUGUAAGUUUUAGAAAGUUAAAAUGGGUGUAUCUUAGAGCGAUAGAAAAAUAUAGUCCUCUUUUACAUUAUGAUCUUUAGAAAA